AAAAUCAGUAGAAACCAAGCAAACCGAGCACUUGCUCAAAUAAUUUGCAAAAACAUUUAAACCAAGUUUUUAACUCGCACUUACUGUGGUGUUUUAUUCUGCUAUAUUUUAACUUUUUUGGUUUUUGUGUCAGCAAUGGUCAAAAUUCCCGUGAGAGUCCUGAGGCAGGUGUGCCGUUCAAUCAUCUGCCUGGAGACGAGCAUGUGGCGCUUCAUCAAGCAGCAUCGCGUGCGAAUAAUUCAGAUAGUUCAUCCCCUGUCGGCAGCCCUGUUGUUGCUCGCCGUUGGAUUCUUUUUUAUAUACGAAAUGUUUUACAUACUGCCCGAGUUUUGUGACACGUCCGGCAUAUUCUAUAAUUUCAAUUGGCUGCUCUGCGCCUUUCUGCUCCACAAUAUUGCGGGCAACAUGAUCAUGUGCUGGCGCACAGAUACAAGCUUUGUGGCACUGCCCAAGUGUCGACAGCAUCCGCUGCCAACAGAGGCGCAUCUAUGGCACUUGUGCACCCACUGUCAGAUGCUGGUGCCGCCACGAGCCUGGCACUGCCGUCUCUGCAACUGUUGCAUGCUGAAGCGGGAUCAUCAUUGCAAUGUGACGGCCAAUUGUGUUGGGCAUCUCAAUCAGCGCUAUUUUGUCGGCCUGUUGUUCCAUCUUAGCCUGGGCUGUGGCAUUGCCUUCGUCUACAAUGUGUAUCAUCUGUGGAGCCAGCGCCAGAUCUUGUUCAGCGAUCCCAUUGGCUAUUUGAGUCUAUCUAUGGGCUUGCGGAUCGUGAGUUUCCCGGGUCACAACAACAAUGAUCCCACAAUCGAUUCGAAAUUGACCUGGCUUAUCAUAAAUGGCGGCGUUAUCAAGCUCAAUAUUUUCGCCAUGAUAUUGGCCAGUUCGCACCUGAUCCUGCAGCUGAUCAUGAUUAGCCGCGGCAGCUGUUUGUAUUUUGUACGUGAUCGUAGCUACGAUUUUGGCUUUUGGCAAAAUCUGCAGCUGGUGUUGGGAAAGCGUCUAUUCUGGACCAUGUUGUCGCCGCUUGUGCCCAGCCCCCUGCCCCACGAUGGCACCCAGUGGCAGCAGCAUGCUCUGGAGCAGGGGGCCAAGAAGCCCGUAUAAACGGAUUCAUUUGUUUCAGACACGAAUCCCGGAUUCCCGAUUCGGUGUGGGGCGGCAAACUCUGAACUAAAUUCACAUAAUAUAUGUACGUUUGUUUUAUGCCCUGACCGAAAUCGAGUUUAACGCCUCAUUUAAUCGA